CAUGUAGAUUACGUUAGCAGACAUUUCAGACGUUCUACCCUGGUGGAAGCCUCUGGUAUAAUACACAGGAUAAAUAGCAGAUUUGUAUUUCCAUUGUUUAUUUCUGCAAAACCACAUCUGUAUGUAAUUAAUUUUUCAGUUUUUGUGCUCUGGACCGUUGUGUUGAAAUAUCCUCUUUUUCUUCUUGGUCUAACCACUAUUACUUAUGAAAAUGGAAGCUGGAGAUGCUUUUAUUCUGCAUAUAUUUACAAACAGUGUAGAUUAUCUUGAAACAAAUAUUUAUAGACAUAAAAAUGUUAUCAACAUGUCCUUUUUAAAUGACUCUGUAGUUCAAUGGCUUGUUCAUUGAUGUGGGAGUUCAGGGACCUACGUCAGAGCCGUUUCACAAAGUUGUGAUGAAAAACUUGCUGCCAAAGCAUAUUGUCACUGUUUACCAGUGGACUGGGUGCCCUCUUCCUGCCUGUCACGCCCAACUUCAUUACCAUCAUAGCUGGAUAGUGAGUGAAAAUAACAGUAAUAUAUGAUCUGAUCACUAUUUCACAUCCUGGCGCAAAGACCAGGGAGUGGACUUGACCUGCCUGGCCACUAGCAAUACAGCGUUAGCUAAUAAAGAGCGUGCAGCAACAGUUCACUCAAAGUCUGUCAUAGUCCACUUUUGAAAUAUGUGAAAACCAAGCGUGAGUUUCAAGACUGUACGAGACAUUCUUUAUUGCCAUAUAAAACCUCAGAGGUGAUCUGAGGGAGCGUCAGUUGUGAUACUGCUACACAAAGAGAGGCUGAAAGAGCAGCUGUUCCUCUGUUAACUGCAAUACAGACCCAGGAUUUUAAACAACAUGAGAGCUGCAUCUUACACCCAGAAGAGCCUGCAGGUCAGCGGUUCCAGCGGUAGAGUAAGGGUAUCUAGCCCAUCGCCUUCCCGGUGUCGUGGAUCCUCAUAUGACAGCCGUGGGCGCUCGGGCUAUCGUGGCACUGCUGUUGAGGUGGGCACUGAGAUACACCAAAAACAUGCCAAUGAGAAGGAGGAGAUGCAGGAGCUCAAUGUCAAGUUUGCAGGAUACAUCGAGAAGGUCCAGGCGCUAGAGCUGAGGAAUGCUGCUCUCCAAGGUCAGCUUGAUGCCCUGCAGAGUCGCUACAAGGGAGGCCCCGCAGGCAUCGGAGAAGAAUAUGAGCUCAAGUUUAAGGAGGUGCGUGAGCUGAUUGAGACCCUGACAAAUGAGAAAGGAGCAGCUGAUAUUGAACGAGGCUACAUUGAAGAAGAAGUUGAAGUGUGGAAACUAAAGCUGGAGGAGGAGAUGGCCCUUAAAGAAGAGGCAGAGAUGAUCCUGAGGGAGUUUCGCCAGGAUGUUGACAAUGCCACACUGCAGAAGGCUGAGCUGGAGAAGCGUAUAGAGCAACUGGUGGCCGAGAUAGAGUUCCUCAAGAAGUUGCAUGAUGAAGAGGUCGCUGACCUCAUGAAGCAGAUUGAGGACGCGAAGAUUUCCUCAGAGCUGGAUGGCGAUCGGCCUGACCUGGCUGCUUACCUGCGCAACAUGCGUGUAGAGAUAGAAGCUGUCGCUGCCCGCAACGUCCAGGAGGCUGAGAAGUGGUACAAGGGCAAGUUUGACAGCCUCAAGGAGCACGCUGGCAAAAAUGAGGAGCAAAUGAAGACCAUGAAAGACGAGAUCACGACCUUCCACAACCAAGUGACAGACCUGCAGAACCAGAUUGACGGGCUGAGGGCUCGCAACGCAGCCCUGGAGCAGCAGCUGGAGGACAUGGAGAUGUCCCACAUGGAUAAGGUGGGGACCCUCGAGGGUGUCAUUGCUCAGUUGGAGGCCCAGCUCUGCGAAACCAAACUGGAGAUGACCAAGUAUCUCCAAGACUACCAGGAACUGCUGCACAUUAAGCUCAAGCUGGAUGCGGAGAUCGCCACCUACAGGAAGCUGCUGGAAGGAGAGGAGAGCAGGCUCGGGAUUCCUAAAGAGCUCUGAAUCUGUCAGAGAUGAGAGGAGCCGCAAAGCAGCCACAGAAGACCAGCAGGGAGAUCAGCUCAUUCUUGUCAAAUUACUUCCCUAUCUUACUCCUUUUCCCCUUUUAUCCUCCUUACCACAAGGGCUGAGUAUUGUUUGAAAUGUUUCAUUACCAGAACUGAAUUGAUAGCUGAGUUUGAGAAGGGACAAAGGACAAUAAAUCAAAUUUUUUUAUACAUGUUUUUUGGCAAUAAUUUUGUCCUAAAGCAAUACUUUGAUUGAUUUGAUUGAAAAACUGAGGGAAAACUCUGACCUUUUUGAGAUUCUGGCACACAGAGGUACAUUAAGAUUUCUCUUAGCUGCUUUACCAAAUUUUGUUAAAGUGCCUUAGCUAAAAAUAUCUAAACAAAAUACAAAUCUGACCAUAUAUUUGAUGCCAGCUCUCUGUACAGAAACAUUUUGCUCAGUAUCCGAGAAGUAUUGUGGUUCAAUACCCAGCCCUGUUUCCCCAAUUACUUGCCUUGCCAGACCAGGACCCCCUCAUCCUUAUGCCUGCCUGCUUCCCAAUUCUUCCCAAUCUUUCUUAAAAAUUUCCACCAUUAUUUCGAAACAUCUAACCAUCUCUGUCACCUCCAAUUCUGGAUUUAUGGCAGCCCUCAGGUCUCCUCUUCAUACCCUUUUCCUUUACUCCUUUUCCUAGUGCCAAAUCCUCCUUCUCUUUUUCCUGCCAAAUCAACCCCUGCACUGAGACCUCUCUCACUAUUUCUGUCUCUCCCCUUCGCUAUAUCUGCUCACUUUUUUGCCACCACUGCUUCUUGAACCUUUGGAUCCCAUCUCCUCAAGAAAAAAAAUAAAAUACUUGCUGCUGUGAUGUAUCACAUCUCAACGCAAACAAAGCAGAAAAAAAGAAGUCAUUAGUGUUAUUACUGGUCUUUACAAAGCCCCUGAUUGUUCCAUAUGUUUUAUUGACCACUUAUUACACUAAUGUUGACCUAUUAAUUAAUAAAGAUUGAAGUGAGUGCAUACAACCCAUUGCAUUAAUCUUUCGUCCUUCCUCUUCAAGGUAUUUUCUUACUGUCUGCUUUUUUUGUCAUCUCUUUACCUUUUCCCACCCUCAUUUUAACAUAAAGUACAUGAAUGUAAAAUGGUUGUAUUUGGUUGUUGUUUUCAACAGCAGGCAGGCUCAGUCUGGUAGUUCAAUAUCCAAAAAAGAAUCAAAACACAGUGAAGACGUGGAACUGGUAGCCCUGCAGAUUAUUCAUGCUUCGUGACGAAGAGAUUCUAAAAGAGUCACAAAUAUGUGUUGGUAAUCUAGUAACAUAUCUAGUAACCCUUGUUUAUACACAAUUGGCCAGCUGGUGAAAUGGAUUUAUUCACAUCCUCAGUGGGUUGCAGGCGGAGUUCCAAUGAGCCUCCACAUCACAGGUGUACUUUCAUGUUUUAAUGAGCUUGGGUCAGGGCAUAACAAAAUUUACUCCUGACUGAGAAAGUUUAAAAGCCCUCUCUUCUACAAAGAGGUCACGA